AUGUACAAUAAGAAGCUUAACCUGACCAAAUGUGCCUUUGGAGUCAACGCAGGCAAAUUCCUGGGAUUCAUGGUGACAGAGAGGGGAAUAGAAGUUAGUCCAGACCAAAUCAAAGUUGUCAUGGAGACACUCGCCCCAAAUUCUAAGAAGGAACUGCAAUGUCUCACUGGCAGCCUAACUGCACUAGGAUGCUUCAUAGCUCGCUUCACAAACAAGCUAAGGCCCUUAUUCCUCACACUAAAAGGAACUAACGCGACCAAAUGGACAAACAACUGUGAGCAAGCAUUCGAGGAGAUUAAACGCUAUCUCACACAACCACCCAUCCUGAGUAGUCCUCGACCCAAUGAGCAGAUGUACAUGUAUCUAGUAAUAUCUGACUAUGUUGUCAGUGUUGUGCUCUUUCGCCACGUGAAAGACAAGGAAUAG